AUGAUUUCAGAAGUGAAACAAAAUGAAAUGCAAUUAUUGACGUUAUUUAAGAAUCAAACAUCAGUUAUCGAUUCAACAAUCAAUAUAAUGAAAAAAGAUAAAAUCGCAGUUCAAGAAGGUUUUGAGCACAUUGACAAUGAAAUAAAGGCACUGAUGAAUUCCAUAAAAGAUACAAAUAGAGAGGUUAAUCAGGUACGGCUUAAUCAAGUUUUCAAUGCAGGAGCCAUUCAACUAACACUGGUAGUACAUAAUCUACAGAAGAUACAAUCUGCCAUUAUGGAUGCUCUAACUGGUACUCAUCAUGGAAAAGUCAAUCCGUUGUUAUUGACACUAACACAAUUACAAAAUGAAGUCAAUCAAAUCAAAUUUCAUUUAUUACCAUCAUUAGAAUUACCGAUGCCAGAAGAUGAGCUAAUAUCCCUUUACAGACUAAUAAAGGUUAAAGGUGGAAUCACACAGCAGCAUGGAAUUUUUAGUAUAACAUUACCCUUGAUUGAACAUGAACGAUUUGAAUUGUUUCAACUAAUUCCAAUCCCGAACUGGUUAAAUGACUCCAUGGCCGUAAUUGACUCAUGCAGUUCUAUUUUGGCUAUUAAUACGCAUCAUGAUCAAUAUUUUCCUCUUAUGAAAUCCGAUUUAAGUCUUUGUGAGACCAUAAAGAAAGGGGAAUUUCUUUGUACCAACGUCCGCAUACGAUACAAUUUUGGUUCCGAAGAAUAUGCGUGUGAGAUCAACCUAUUCAACAACAACACAAUAACAAACUGUCGGUUAAAACACACUGUCAACACUCUGACUUGGAUUUCGUUAAAUCAAAAAAAUCAAUGGAUUUAUGCGACAUCAACGUCUUCACCAGCAACUGCAGUAUGUAAUAAGAAAAUCAUACCACUAAAUCUAAAAGGUUCAGGCUUAUUGACGAUCGUUCCAGACUGCGUGCUUAAAUACAACUUCGUUUUCGUGCAAGGACAACAAAUAAUUGCAAGCACGUCAAGAUAUUCAUACAGUAGUCUUGGUAAAAUCUCCGAAUUAAGGCUACAAUCCUCUAUGAAGACAUCAGAUGCUUACAGCAGCAACAGUACACUGUCAACAUUACGCUACAACCAAUACGAUCAACAGCUGAAAGACCUCACAGUAUUACAAAAGGUUUUGCAGUCAUACCAGAUAAAUGAUCUUCCAAAUCAAUUUCAGUCACACAAGUACCACAGCUUCACCACAGCUUAUGCAGCACUCGUUAUAAGUCUGAUAUUAAUCAUUAUCAUGGUGAAGAAGAAAUUGCAGAAAAAACCGGUAAAACCAAUUGAAGCUUCAUCCGAUGAAGAAGCCAUCCGUACGACACCUACACCCAUGCCACGUCGACAGUCACGAGAAUUCGUCGUCGACAUAUAG